CCGCGGGUGUUCGGCCGUCGCUGGGAGCGGCGGCCGAUUCCCGGCGAAGAGACCGACAGAGAAACCGGAACCGAGACCCUGGAGAGACCGGGCAGCGUGACCGGCCCCCCACCGUCAGAGGUGGGGCAGUCAGUGCCUGCCCCGGUCAGGAGCCGGCCUUGACUUUCGUAGAAAUGUCUGAGAAGUUGAGGUCGACUAUCAAUUUAAAAGAACCACGAUGGGACCAAGGGACCUUCCUGGGGCGAGCCAAGCACUUCUUUAUGGUGACGGAUCCCCGCAAUGUUCUACUUUCCAGUGAGGCGUUAGAGGCAGCGAGGGCCAUUGUUGAGAACUACAAGCAUGGUAAAGUCCAACCAGGCCUAACUGAAGAUGAACUUUGGAAAGCGAAGUACAUCUAUGAUUCGGCUUUUCAUCCAGACACAGGUGAAAAAAUGAUUCUGAUUGGGCGGAUGUCUGCCCAGGUUCCAAUGAAUAUGACCAUUACUGGUUGCAUGCUGACGUUUUACAGGACCACUCCAGCAGUAGUCUUUUGGCAGUGGGCUAAUCAGUCCUUCAAUGCAGUUGUUAAUUAUACCAACAGAAGUGGGGAUGCACCACUGACAGUGGGCCAGCUGGGUACCGCAUAUGUCAGUGCAACAACAGGUGCUGUUGUCACAGCCCUUGGGCUAAAGUCACUCACGAAGCAUUUGCCCUCUCUGAUUGCACGUUUUGUGCCCUUCGCUGCAGUAGCUGCUGCCAACUGUAUCAAUAUCCCUUUCAUGCGGCAGAGAGAACUUAAGUUUGGGAUUCCAGUGGCAGAUAUCAAUGGGAAUCGACUUGGGGAGUCGCGAAAGGCAGCACAACAGGCCAUUGCCCAAGUGGUAGUCUCUCGGAUUGGUAUGGCAGUACCUGCUAUGGCAAUACCUCCAGUUAUUAUGAAUGCUUUGGAAAAGCGAGCAUUUUUAAAGCGUUUCCCAUUUUUCAAUGCUCCAAUUCAAGUUGGCCUAGUGGGCCUCAGCUUGGUUUUUGCCACUCCACUAUGCUGUGCACUUUUCCCACAAAAAAGCUCCAUGACGGUCUCCCGCCUGGAACCAGAACUUCAAGAUAAGAUUUUGGCGAGUAAUCCUGGCAUCAACAUAGUUUACUUCAAUAAGGGCUUAUAGACUAUUCUAACCAAAGCAAAUGGCCAAGUUAGUUACAAUCCAACUCCGCAGCAGUAACCUUCGCUCAGGGUGUAUAUAACUCCUGGAAUUUGCCCAUUUCACAGAAACUGUUUAUUAGCCUUGGAAGACCAGAUGAGUGCUGGGUAAUUAUCUUUGUAUAGGUUUAGGAGGUAAUUACACUAAAACAGGAAAGAGAACAUGAUUUAGACAUUCACUCCCAUCAAUCCUACCCUUUUUGGGAUUGGUUAUGACUUGUACAGGUGUUUGCACACUGGAGCCUGUUAGUGCAUGAUGAAGUGGAAUUUAAAAUAUAGAUUAGUUAGCAAGCAUUACUUUUGUGAUUUUAUAGAUCUCAAAUCUUGAUUGAUAAGAUUUUAUAAUUGCAGUUAUUUAGAGAGGAAGUAAGUUAAUUCCACACCAUGCCCUGAUGGCCGUGCCCAAUGCAUAUCUUCCUACCUCUACAGUCUCUCAGGGAAUCCAUGUUUUUCCCAAACCAACCCAUGAUCACAGGGGAUAACAAGAACUGCAGAUGCUGGAGUCAGAGUCAACAACAGUGUGGACCUGGAGGAACACAGCAGAUCAGGCAGCAUCAGAAGAACAGAAGUCCUGACCCAAAACAUCGAUUUUCCUGCUCCUGUGAUGCUGUCUGACGUCCUGAGUUCCCCCAGCUCUGCAGUGUUGACCAUGAUCACAGAUGUCAAGUUUAGAAACUCUUCAAUUUCCAUCAGCCAUCCACGUUCUGAGACCUGUUCAGCACUGUUAAUUUCCUGCACUCCAUUGCUUUUGGUUGCUCAGUGUCCCUAUUGUAGUUUGUGAUUGAUAAACAUAUCAUUCAUAAUUUUGCUCCGUUUAAGAAGGUGCUUGUCUUCCUGCUACUUUGGACUGAAACAACUUUCUGUGGGAGUUAUCUGCCAUACUAGGGAACAAGGUUUAAAUAAAAAUUGUGCCCCUCUACAUCUGCUUUUAAAUAGCUUCAUAAACCAUUCCAAUAGAAAUCCGUUUGAGAUAGUAGGAACUGCAGAUGCUGGAGAAUCUGAGAUAACCAGAUAUAGAGCUGGAUGAACCCAGCAGGCCAAGCAUCUCUCCUUCUCAGAUGCUACCUAGCCUGCUGUGUUGGUCGAGCUCCACAUCUUGUUACCAAUAGAAAUCUACCUGGAACAUUUGCUUCAUUCUAUUAUAGGUUGUGAAUUCAAAUCCAACACCACCUAUCCCAUUUGAAACACCUAAAAUAAGACUUGACUGGCAAUAUAAAUUUAGGUGUGCUUAGGUGGCUUCAGAUGGCCCUUCAAAUUGGAAGCUUUCUCACAUCACAACAUUAGUAAUGUUUUAAACAUUUUACGAUUCAUUAAACAUUAAGGUGUUUUGCAGAUGAUGUGAUGAGCUAUUCGGAGUACAGUGCUUGAAAGUGCAUCAGCUUUUUUUCUAUCAUACUGCAGUUGUCAGAUAAGGUUUCUUUAACCUUAUUGAUGUAUGUAACGAGAGCCUUACAUUUUCAUGUAACUGUCUCAAAUCAAAAUGACUUGUAAUUUUACUAAAAUUGUAGGCUGGGAUCGUGGCAAGUACUGUAUUUUUGUCUUGGCCCUUAUUUUUGCAACUAGUAAUUUUAAUAUAUAUAGAGUGACUGGCCUAAUACUGGCAUGAAACCUGGUGAUGCAGGAGACAUGGAUGACACACAGUGGUGAGUCACUUAAUGCGCACUGAUAGCUGACUUUCCAGUCAUUUGUCUUUGACAUCAUCACAUCAUUUUUCAAAAUCAUCUACACCAUACUUCAUUCUUAAAAGCACAAGGAAAAUGUCAGGUGUCCUCCUUUAGUGGCAGUGCAAAUUAAAACAUUUUCAGAUAUUUUGUUUCUAUAAUUUGUGCUUUUACUUUCAGUGAAGUAGUAAAGGUUACAGUGUACUCUUUUAUUUGUUAUUUAUACCUUGUGAACACUGAACAUCUCAAGUUGGGCAUCGUUUAUUGGUAAGAUGCUUGCAAUUAUGAAGUAACUUCUAAACGUUUUAUGUGAAGGUGAUGAUUUCUAUAUUAAAUGUGAGAUUAGUGAAAGCUGAUCUGUAACAGUUAUCACAGCUUCAGAAUAUGCCAAAGUUCUUAAGUGUGUUGAGUCACUGCCACAACUGUUGAAAUCAAACUGCACAACAUCGUCCCACAAACAGUAAAAGUGGUCAAUAAUGAAAACUUUCUAAACGUGUUGCAGAAUUUAUAAUCGGCCUGUCAAACUGGAAACGGUAUUGGGUUGGGAUAGUUGGAUACUUGAAGACCAAGACAAUGCAAAAAUCCUGUACUAAUAGCCCAAAAUUCCAAAAUACUGCAGAAUAGAUUUCUGCCACUGUUUUGGUGAUGCAAUUUUAAAUUUGGUUGAAAAUGAUUAUUCUCCAGUCUAACAAUGCAAAUUACAGAUCUCAACAGUAGCAGACUGUAUUAAUAGAUUUUCUUCCACUAAGACACGAAUAGCCACCUGAAAGUCUUUGCAAUCAGGGCAAGGUAGAUUUUGUUCCUGAAUUUCAUGUAUGUCAGGGGUAAGGAGUAAUACCACCUUAGAAUAAGUAUUAUUCCUGGAAACACAGCAUCUAAUAUGAAGUAGCCAGUUUUGGGGCAUACAUCCUUCCAUGAGCAUCCUAAAUCAU